AUUAACUAGCAAAUCUCAUUACUAAAUAAGACGUGGGUUAGAGUACUGGUCUCGGCAACGCAAAUUUACCCAUGCCUACCUGACAGAAGCGAGCAACGCUCACUACUAUGGUGUUAUGUAUCAUGAGGCUAAACGCUGGCUCGCUCGGUUGAUCGAGAACCCUGACGACUUCGAAUUCUCCUUGGAGGAUAUGUCAUCCAAGGUUAUGUGCCAGCUAGCUUGGGACGACACGGAUCUCAGCGAAGCCUGCACAAAGAGCGCAUGUGGCCUUUUAAACCAGAUGUCGCCAGCUGGACCAAUCACUAACGUCAUAACCCCCCUUUGGCAUCUACCCAAGAUGGUAAACCCCUGGAAGAUCGCCGAGCACAAGCGACACGACGAACAGCAGGCUUGGUGGAUGGAACGCCUGACGAACACGCGUAACGCACUAGAACGGGGACGGCAGAGGGCCUGCUUCACUAGCCAAUACAUCGAAAGAGGAGAGAAGCGCUCAAAUAUCUCUGGCGACUAUGAAGCUUCUUGCGUCAUAGGGAUGAUGGCUCUCGUCGGCAUCUUCACCGUAGUCGGCCCCUUGUCAUACUUCUUGGUGUCCAUGAUACAUCAUCCAAAGUGGCAGGCGGCCGUGCAGAAGGAAGUUGACGAGGCAUGCGAGGGGCGAGUACCAACUCUCGACGACGCGCCUAAGCUUCCAAUCCUCCGAGCUUGCAUCAAGGAAACGAUGCGAUGGAGGCCAAACGUGCCCACAGGCGUCGCGCAUGAGAUGGAGGCCGACGAUGAAUUUCGCGGUUACUUUCUCCCCAAAGGAACAAGGAUACUUCCAUUAGACUGGGCAUUCCUUCGUGAUCCAGAAAAGUAUCCUGACCCGGAUAACUUCAGGCCCGAGCGUUGGUUGGAACCGGGAUGGCCGACGUAUCAGGAGCCGCUUAGCAUGUAUCCUACCAUUAAAGGCAUGACGUCAUUUGGUUGGGGGCAGCGUCAGUGUCUAGGACAGUCGCUCACGCAAGACGAACUCAUAGUGGCUUGCGGCGCGCUUAGCUGGUGCUUCAACCUUAAAGCGAAGAAGGAUCCGGUCACGGGCCAGGAGAUAGCAGUUCCUCACGACAAGUCGAACUCUCUACUGAUUAUCAGGCCAGAUUCCUUUCAGAUGGCUUUCGAGCCGAGGAGCGAGGCCCGAAAGGAGGAGGCGCUUAGGCUAUGGGCCGAGUCUGACGCCAAGUAUCGGCAAGAAAAGGAAGAGUUCCUCAAAGCCGCGGAAGAGAAGAAUCAGAAUAUGGAAGUUGUAUAAGAUGUACAAGUGGUAUAGAUCGCAUGAGAGAAGAACGGCGGGUAUAUCAUUGAGAGUUGGAUUUAGACGGCUAAAUUUACGGUCGUUACAUAACAUAUGUUGGAUUAAAGAUCAUUGAUUGAUUGAAUUAACACUAAGAACAUUACUGUUUUUGUUGCCUGCAAGCGGCAAGAUGAUGAAAAGGGCAAGACUUGGUGAUUGAAG